ACGACGCGCCGUGGGCGCGACGAAACGCGCCCACGGCGACGACCGGCGGUGGGGGGUUUCUCCUGGCGUUGGCGGCUGCUUGCGCCUGCGCUGACCUACUCCUGCGCACUUGCGACGGCGUGAGCCUCUCUUCCCACCACUGCCGCGACGGGGUGAGCCGAUUGCGCGCGUGGCUGCGCCGCGGCGCCCGGGCGAAGGCGAUCAUCCGAGCGCGGCCGGUGGAGGUUGUGGGGGGCGGCGGGAUGGGGCGACGCUCAUACACGGACGGGGUUGCGUUGAGCUGCGCUCCGUCUGUCUCCUUCUCCUCCUCCUCCUCCUUUCCGUCGCCGCCGUCGGAACCAUCGGCGAAGAGCGUCACCGUGCCGCUCGCGGGGCGGGCGCGGCCCGACGCUGGCAAGCUGCUGCGCUCGACUCAUAGCGGCGCGAGAGUGGCGGUCGGCGGGCCGCCGUCCAUGGUGGACGCCCUCGACAAGGCGCUUCGCGAGGCAGGCAGGUCACCGAGCGUGCGCCUUACCACUCAGAUGUGAAAUGCGCGAUCGGAAGCUGCAGUCCUGCCGACGGCAGGGUCGCGUGUUGGUCGCGGUGAGUGACACACAACCGCGCCCCGCCCCUUGCGGCCGGCACGAGAGGCGCCAGAGACACGCUUGAUCGUGCGCCCAGACACGUGUCUGAGAGAGAGAGAGAGAGAGAGAGAGAGAGAGAGAGAGAGAGAGAGAGAGAGAGAGAGAGAGAGAGAGCUGCGAGGAACACGAUUAUCUGCAUAGAUCACAUGGUCUAGUCGUCAUACGUCAUCUCGCCUUCACCCACACGUCGGUCUAGGCUUACGUUUAUUUUUGUACUCAAUGUGCAUGAAGAGU